GCUGGAUGCUUUUCAAGGUAUUAUUUUUCUGUGAAGAAAAUAGUUUUUGUUUUUACACAGAUGCCCUCAGAGACACUGUGUAUUUUUUCCACUCUGGUUAAUACACACCGGUCAGUACUGUGGUAAGAUUUGGGGAGAGGAGGGAAAGGGUGCGGGGACCGCCCGGGGGCGGGCCCUACCUCGCCAAGUCUCCACCUUUUAUUUUGACCGGUCCGAUGGCGACAGGCUCGCGCUAGGACCCAGGCGCCAUAGCGCCUCCGUCUGUCCUGUAGGUUCAUUCAAUCUCUCAUACACACAGACCCACAGCGAGCCCGACACACACUCACACACACAACCGCACGCAUCCAGCCUCGGGAAGUCAGGCCCGCUCCUCGCCCCGGCGCCUUCUCCGCUCCAGCCGGCAGGGUCUCCCCGGGGGCCCGGAGCUCGGCCAGGCAGCGCAGCCCCGCGAGCGGACAAGCUCGGCGGACCCCGGUUCCUCCAUGGGCAAACGCGGGCGGCCGCGCAAGGAGGCGCGCUGCGAGGGCACCGGGCUGGCCUCAGCCGCGCCCCCGGCUGUGCCCCCGGCCGCGCUAGCGGCCGCGCCCCAGCCCCCGGCCCAGCCCGAGGAGCCGGCGGGGGCCAAGCCCAGGUGCCCCUUCUCGGACAUUUUCAACACCAGCGAGAACUCGAUGGAGAAGCACAUCAACACUUUUCUGCAGAACGUGCAGAUCCUGCUCGAGGCCGCCAGCUACCUGGAGCAGAUCGAGAAAGAAAACAAAAAGUGUGAACAUGGCUACGCCUCAUCGUUCCCCUCCAUGCCAAGUCCCCGGCUGCAGCAUUCAAAGCCCCCACGAAGGUUGAGCAGGGCACAGAAACACAGCAGCGGGAGCAGCAACACCAGCACUGCCAACAGAUCUACACACAAUGAGCUGGAAAAGAAUCGACGAGCUCAUCUGCGUCUGUGUUUAGAACGCUUGAAAGUUCUGAUUCCACUAGGACCAGACUGUACCAGGCAUACAACACUUGGUUUGCUGAACAAAGCCAAAGCACACAUCAAGAAACUUGAAGAAGCUGAAAGGAAGAGCCAACACCAGCUUGAGAAUUUGGAACGAGAACAGAGAUUUUUAAAGCGGCGACUAGAACAGCUGCAGGGUCCUCAGGAGAUGGAACGAAUACGAAUGGACAGCAUUGGAUCAACUAUUUCUUCAGAUCGUUCUGAUUCAGAGCGAGAGGAGAUUGAAGUGGACGUUGAAAGCACAGAGUUCUCCCAUGGAGAAGUGGACAAUAUAAGCACCACCAGCAUCAGUGACAUUGAUGACCACAGCAGCCUACAGAGUAUUGGGAGUGACGAGGGUUACUCCAGUGCCAGUGUCAAACUUUCCUUCACUUCCUAGAACCCAGCAUGACAUAACAGUGCAGGGCAAAAUAUUCACUGGGCCAAUUCAGUACAAUCUCUUAAAUUGGGUUCAUGAUGCAGUCUCCUCUUUAAAACUAAAAACACAACUAUACUUGAACAAAAGGGUCAAAAGACCAAAGACCUGUAUUUAGGCAAAUACUUUAGCAAAAGUGGAGCAGAGCCUCCCCAGCAGAACAAAUAUUCAUAUUGGAAAAAAAUCACAAUUUCUAAUGGCAACAGAAAACUUGUGUGAAAUUUUCUUGAUUUGAUUGAGUUGAUUUAAAAGAGGACACUGAAGAUUCCAUUCUCUUUUCUUUUCUAGUUUGCUCAUACUACACUGAGUAGACACAUUUAAGGAUGGGGGUAUGAACCCUUCCUGAACUUUAUGGUCCUAAAAACAAAAUCAAAUCUAUACUAAUGAAAAGACAUGAUAAUCAGGCAUUAAUCUUGAACAGCUAAAGAGCUAUUAAAACUCAGCCUAGGAGAGCCUAUCAUGAAGCCUGUGGAUGAUCAAUUCUGUAUUAAAAUAUAAAAAAGCUCAUUUCAUGCUCUGCAAAAGGAGAGACUCCCAUGAAGCCUUUUGAAAGGGAUCAUCAUGCAGCUCAGCUUUCUGUUGGAUUCCAUGCUAAGUAAGCUAACCUUAUCCUGCAUUGUUAACACUAGGGCACCUAACCGCCAGCUCAGCUCUCCGUCCACCACCCCAGGCCACAUGGGGGCAGUCUAUGCCUGACAGCCUCUAUCACACAAGGCCUAUAAGUAUGGAUUGGGGGGCCAGAAGGAAAAAGCUCCAUGUGCCUCUGUGUCUGCGUGGGUCAGAAGAGUUGUUUACGCAGAUUAGUAGGCCAAGGUCUGAGCCACGGCAGCAUUUUUAUUUCAGAUUUUGAUAACUGUUUAUAUGUGUUAAAAACCAAAAUGACAUCUUUUUAAAGCUUGUCCAUAAAUAAAAAUAGAUGUCUUUUAUAGUGGAAAAACAUGGGAAAAAAAAAUCAUCUAUUUUGAUGCAGCAUUUGAUAAUGAUAAAACACCUCACACCUCACUCUUUAUAGUGCACAAAAUGAAUGAGGUCUGGGCUAGGUAGAAAAAAGAUCAAUGCUGUUUUUGUUUUCUUUUAGAAUCAUUACCUUUUACCAGCUUUUAACCAUCUGGUAUCUAUAGUAGACACUAUCAUAGUUAACAUAGUUAAGUUCAGCACUUGUCUCAUUUUAACAUAAAGAUAUGCUUCCAUUUUCCUACAGGCAGUCUCUCUCCUUCCUCACAGUCCUACUGUGCAGGUGCUACUGUUGCUCUUACAGAUUUUUCAGAAAUGUUAUUUUCUUCUAAGUGAAAUUUCUAGCCUACACUUUAAUGUCAUGUGUUCCCUUUGUUUUUCAAACUCCCAGGUUCCCUUCUGGCCCUUUCCUUUACCUUGAAGUCUUCUUGGAGACCUUACCCCUGGCUGUUUGGACUUUGUACACUUUGAAUAAUUUAACUACCCUUAAUUACUUAAAAGAAAAAAAGCUUUAUGAUUUUCAUAACUUAUUGCUGAUUUUAAUGGGUUGUUAAUUUUAGACCUGUAGUUUUAUUUUAUGUUUAGAUAGGGCUGGGCAAGGAAAAAGAAAAUAAAGACAACCAUAUUUAGCAGUGCA